UCCUAGCCGAGAUGUUGGAGCAGCAGGCAGGUAAGGAGCCAGCACUUGUCUCACACUGAGAAGAAAGACACAGGUCGGCAUGCCCAGCUUUCCUCUGUUGCUGCUCCUGCUCUGGGGCGUCGGGUCUCGUGGCUUCCCAGCAAGUCCAGAAAUACGAGAGCAGGAUGUAGAGACAGUCCAGAAAUACCUGGAAAACUACUACGACCUGAAGAGUGAUGGGAAGCAGAUUGAAAAGCAAAGAAACAGUGGCUUAGUCGUUGAAAAAUUGAAGCAAAUGCAGGAAUUCUUUGGGUUGAAAGUGACUGGGAAGCCAGAUGCUGAAACCCUGAAGAUGAUGAAGCAGCCCCGAUGUGGCGUGCCUGAUCUGGCUCGGUUUGCCCUCACUCCGGGGAACCCUCGCUGGGAGCGAACACACCUGACCUACAGGAUUGAAAACUACACACCAGACUUGCCGAGAGCCGAUGUGGACAGUGCCAUUAGGAAAGCCUUUGAACUCUGGAGUGAUGUCUCGCCCCUGACCUUCACCAAGGUCUUUGAUGGGCAAGCAGACAUAAUGAUAUCCUUUGUCAGAGGAGAUCAUCGUGACAAUUCUCCCUUUGAUGGACCAGGAGGGAACCUCGCACAUGCUUUUCAGCCAGGCCCAGGUAUCGGAGGCGAUGCUCAUUUUGAUGAAGAUGAAAGGUGGACCAACAAUUUCAGAGAUUAUAACUUAUAUCGUGUUGCGGCUCACGAAUUGGGUCAUUCCCUGGGGCUCUCCCAUUCUACUGAUAUUGGAGCUUUGAUGUAUCCCAACUACAUCUUCAAUGGUGAUGUCGAGCUAGCUCAGGAUGACAUUGAUGGCAUCCAAGCCAUAUAUGGACCUUCCCAAAAUCCUACCCAGCCAACAGGCCCCCAAACCCCACAAGCAUGUGAUAGUAAGCUAACCUUUGAUGCUAUAACUACGAUUCGGGGAGAAAUGAUGUUCUUGAAAGACAGGUUCUACAUGCGCACAAAUUCCUUCUACCCGGAAGUUGAGCUUAAUUUCAUUUCUGUUUUCUGGCCAACUCUUCCAAAUAAACUUGACGCUGCGUAUGAAGUUUCUGACAGAGAUGAAGUUCGGUUUUUCAAAGGUAAUAAGUACUGGGCUGUCCAGGGGCAGGAUGUGCUACGCGGAUACCCCAAGGACAUCUACAGCUCCUUCGGCUUCCCCAGAACCGUGAACCAUAUCGAUGCGGCUGUUUCCGAGGAAGAUACUGGGAAAACAUACUUCUUUGUUGCUAACAAGUACUGGAGAUAUGAUGAACGCAAACGAUCCAUGGAUGCAGGUUAUCCAAAAAUGAUAGCCCAUGAGUUCCCUGGAAUUGGUGACAAAAUUGAUGCUGUUUUCAAGAAAGAUGGGUUUUUCUAUUUCUUUCAUGGAACAAGGCAAUACAAAUUUGAUCCUAGAACUAAGAGAAUUUUGACUCUCCUGAAAGCUAAUAGCUGGUUCAACUGCAGAAAUAAUUGACCAACUUACGAAAUUGAAUGGAAAAAAAUAUUUUAUAAACCCAAAGAAGGUGUUUUCCUCCCUAUAGCAAAAACCUCUCCAAAAAAAAAAAAAGGUGUUUUCCUGAAGAGCCAUGUUUUUCAGUAUUCUACUUAAUUUCUAGACUCACUGAUACAUAUAGCUACUAAGUAUAACCUUAUUUAUACCUCAUUCUAUUUUUUUACAAUGUAGAAUUUAAUGUUUUAUGUCCUGAUAUCAUUUAGUUUUACAAAUGAUCGCUAAGGAAGGUCAAGUUUAUGGCUUUGGAUUCAUGUGGAUCAAUGUUGCAGAGAAGAUAGUUUCUGAGUAUGUUGAUUCUGGAAAGCAUCUCAGGGAAGAUGCUUUUUCACACACAAAAAGAGAGAGAACAGACAUGAUUCCUCACCAGAGGAAAAGUAGUUUCAGCACACAAGAGCAGCCCUGGUAUCUUUGUGAUAUGUGAGGGACAAUUCUUAAAAUAAAGUAUUAUAUGUUUGGAAUAAAA